GAGCGUCCGGCCGCGAGGGCUGUCGGGAAGGCGCGGCGUGCCUACCGCCUGAGUCUGUCUGUGAGCGUCCUUCGGGCAGAGGCUCCUUCUCCUCCUCCUCCUCCUCCUGAGGCGCCAUGGCGGGAGGCGGCGGCAGCGCCGGAGAGUGGUGCCUCAUGGAGAGUGACCCGGGCGUCUUCACGGAGCUCAUCAAGGGCUUCGGUUGUAGAGGUGCUCAGGUAGAGGAAAUAUGGAGUUUGGAACCAGAGAACUUUGAAAAAUUGAGGCCUGUUCAUGGAUUGAUUUUUCUAUUCAAAUGGCAACCAGGAGAAGAACCAGCUGGCUCUGUUGUUCAGGAUUCCAGAUUAGAUACAAUAUUUUUUGCUAAACAGGUAAUAAAUAAUGCUUGUGCAACCCAAGCCAUAGUAAGUGUACUAUUAAACUGUACUCACCAAGAUGUCCAUUUAGGGGAAACGCUGGCUGAAUUUAAAGAAUUCUCUCAAAGCUUUGAUGCAGCGAUGAAGGGCCUGGCAUUAAGUAACUCAGAAGUGAUUCGACAAGUUCACAACAGUUUUGCCAGACAACAAAUGUUUGAGUUUGAUGCAAAGUCAACAGCAAAAGAAGAAGAUGCUUUUCAUUUUGUCAGCUAUGUUCCUGUAAAUGGAAGGUUAUAUGAACUGGAUGGUCUGCGGGAAGGCCCAAUAGAUUUGGGGGUAUGCAAUCAAGAUGAUUGGAUCAGUGCUGUAAGGCCUGUCAUAGAAAAACGAAUACAAAAGUACAGUGAAGGUGAAAUAAGAUUUAACUUGAUGGCAAUUGUAUCUGACAGAAAAAUGAUAUAUGAACAGAAAAUUGUAGAAUUGCAGGCACAGCUUGCUGAGGAAGAGCCCAUGGAUACAGACCAGAGCAGUAAUAUACUAAGUUCUAUUCAGUCAGAAGUUGCAAAGUAUCAGAUGUUAAUUGAAGAAGAAAACCAAAAAUUGAAAAGGUACAAGGGGACUGUGCAACCUGAUCCCUCCACCAAGAUAGAAAACAUUAGAAGAAAACAUAACUACCUGCCAUUUAUAAUGGAAUUACUAAAGACUUUAGCAGAACAUCAGCAAUUAAUCCCACUUGUAGAAAAGUAUGAGAAAGCAUCCAGAAGACUGGAAUUUAUAGAAAUGCUAAAUUCUAAUUUUUGAAUUAGAAUGACAUCCAGCCUACUUCCUGUUUGAAAAAAGAAAAGAAAGACUUCUCCUGGCAUAAAACAGCCUAGGAGGGCAAAACAGUGAAACUACCCCCCAUGGCAUAAUUUCAGAGCAAAUACCGUUUUUCAAAAUGGGAGAGGCACAAAAAUCCCAGGGGCCUACAUGUGACCCACAGGCUGAAGUUUCCGCACGCCUGUCAUAGGGAAGUGUUUAUUUAUAUAUUUAUUCUAUAAAGAGUUUAAAGAGUUUUUGCAUCCUAAGGAGACCCUGUUCCCAAGGUAUCAACUUCUUAUUUCCAGUGUUUGGGGAAAAAGGAGAUAAAGGGAAGGUGUUUCUUUAUCUUCUGUUAGCUGUCCCAUUGGUAUUUCGUAUUUAGCCUGUACUGUAUCCGGGUUCCAUCCAUGAAUGACAGAAGCCAUUCUGUUUGCAGAAGUGCAAUUCUGCUUACAGCUUGUUGUUUAAUAAUUAGCUGAAGUGAUUCAUAGGUAUUGUGAAUGGGUGUGUAACUGCAUCUAAGGGUUUUUGGCAGAUUUGUAAAAUGCAGUGCUUCUAUAUUAAAUGUCAUUAAAAAAAUAGCAAGAAAAUAUUUUAGGUUUUAGGGAAAUGAAAACUGGUCUUAAAAAUGUUGUUACAACAAUGCAGUCUUGUCUUAAUGUCUGCCUUUGUA